GCUAAGAGUUGGACUGGUUUGGCUUUUAAUUUCUGGACCAGCUUCUUUUCUGGGUGUUUCUCCAGCUGUUCUGCAAGAGAGACACAUUUCGUGACAAUGGAGGCCUGACAUUUGGACCUUGGAGUUAUCAUUAGAAGUAUGGAACUUAUUGAGCAUUGCCAACAUGGUUGCUCUAGACCCGUUCCAAAUGGAUACGGAACUAAGAACUUCCAAACCAACCCGAAGGAAAGAUGCACUGAGCAGAAGUAUCCUAACCCAGGUGCCAUCGCUGACACUGGCAAAGAGGAUGUGGGCAAGAAUAAGAAGAAGCCCAGGGGCAGUUGGAUUUGGAAUUUUGUCAGCCGCAAGAAAGGAUCCGCCAUGAAUACCAAAAGACCCCAAUCCAUGAUACUCUUUGGAGAUAACAUGGAGAUCUUGGAGCAAAACCGUAAGAUGUCUUUCAUGGAAAGGGUGAGAUCCUAUAAAAAGCUACGAUCGUCUGGCAUAUCCAGAAAUACAUCCAAAGCGAAGGCUAUUAUCAUCUCGGUGGAAACUCAGGAAGAUCUUGAACAAAAAGCCCUCCAUAGGAUUAAGAAGCUUAGUGACAGCCAACGGCCUUACCGCCACUCCUAUGCUGGCUUCAUUGAGGAUUUGGACUCUUCAUUUGAGGAUAUUGAACUGAAUAGCUGUGUGCUGGAUAUUGAGUCCAGGGAAAGCAAAUGGCACAGGGGGGUGGAGCUGGGAGUCAGUAGUGGCGAUGCUGAUAGUUAUUGUUACAAAGUGUUGGCUCAGAAAAAUGCGGCCCUUGAGUUUGAAAAAACUCCAGAAUCUAGGGAUGCGGAAGGAGACCCUCAAAGAAGAGAUGCUUCAGUAGCUCCUGAGAAUAAGAAAGGAAGAAGUUCUGAGGUCUGGGGGUAUCUAAAAGGGGUUUCAGUGGCAGGCAAGGACUGUUCAAAGUUGGAAAACCCCACUGCAGAACCUGGUUUUCAGAGUUUAAAAAACGCAACGGAGAAUCCCCCUCCUUACCUUGCCUUUGCUGCAAGAGGCAAAGAGAACGUUGGCCAGACUAAAAGGCCAGGCCAUGUGGGGAAGGGAAGCCAUUUCGGUGGCGUCCUUAAGUUUUUUAACAGCGUGGCUGGGGCCGCUAGGAAAUGGCGGGGAUCUUCCAAAACGUUUUCUCAGGACGACCCACAGCAAAACUCCAGUUUUCCACGGCAAAGGCUAGAGCGAUCUCAUCGAAAGCAGCCUUUGAUCAUUGUCAAUGAUAAUGCCAGCAGUUUCUCAUUAACUGGACUGUCAUCUGAUUCUGGGAUGUGGGAUCACCAUAGUUUGAAAGCCUCAGCUGGACAAGACCCCCCCCAAGAAAAUGCGAAUGCUGAGACUUCCCAUGAAGCCUUGCAGGAGCAUAGCAUUGAAACCCCCUUUUCACCUCCUAGGAGAAGUAUGGCAUCUUGCCCCUACACAGAAUUUCCAAGUGAUUGUACAGUUCUCAGUGGACAUGGCUUAGAUAUGGAACUGCUACAGAAGCAGAAGGUUCUUCUUAACAAAGUAAGGGAUGAGGACCCAGGUUCUGCUCCAGUAGCUCCCUGGAUUUUGCCUUCCUGGGACCAGGAGAAUACCCGGUACCCUGUUUCAGCAGAUUCCCAAAGCUUGGAUAUGGAGGAGUUAAAAUCUCACGAUCUCCCUAAGGCUGAGAUGGACAUUGCAGGCCUGGAGCAGGAUUCUUCUUUGAACUGUGAAGAAUGGUGUGACAGUGAAAUGGAUAUAAAAGUUGUGUGUACCACUGCAGAGAAUUUAAACACUGUAACAAGUGUAGCAGAGACUCCAGAUCUGGGGGAGAGAUUAAUAGAUAACCAGAUGCCCAAGAGGGGUCUGGGAGAGGACCAUCACCUUGCCAACAUGCGAGCAGAUAAUCAGAGGCGUGCAAGGACCCUACCAAAUGCUAGCAUUUCAGCAGUUUCCUCCAUAGAUACUCGGACCAUUAAUACUGUUCUGUCAGAUACUCGGAGUUUAGAAAGCAUUUUGGAGGAUGUUCACAGCCCCUGUACGCCUUUAGCUUGCUCAUGCCAUAGUCAGCAAGUCCUAGAUCAAGACAAUACUUCAAUCAAAGUGAAUGGGAACACCUUUCUGCUGCGGCAGCCAUGGAAGCCUUGCGGACCCGAACAUUUGAAGUGCAGGAACGUUUAUUACCCCAUCCAAAUGAGCUUAUGCACAAUUGUCUCCUUCAAUGAGUUAAACAGUGGAAAGCCACGAUCUCACCCUCUCUGCCCAUCUCCAACGUCUCCUCCUCCAUACAAACUUCUUUUGGACAGAUGUCACUCUCUUCCGCUUUCUAAGAGCACCCCGAUGGGAUUGGAUCAGCUGGGGUGGAAACAGAAGCUUUUGAUCAGCUCAGGCACUGAUCAAGAUCUGGGUUCAAAAACUCUGGAGAUGCGUCGGGACACGAAGAACGGCCGAAGGAGAUGGAAACCUCUCCAGCCCGGAGGAGAACAACUGCUACUCAAUAAACUGAUCAGUGGCGGUUCGAUUGUCAGUGCUGAGGCAGUAUGGGAUCACGUCACCAUGGCCAACCGGGAGUUGGCGUUUAAAGCGGGAGACGUGAUCAAGGUCCUCGAUGCCUCCAACAAGGACUGGUGGUGGGGACAGAUCGAUGAUGAAGAGGGCUGGUUUCCCGCCAGCUUUGUAAGGCUCUGGGUCAACCAAGAAGAUGGCGUCGAAGAAGGCACGAGUGAAGUACAGAAUGGACACCUGGAUCCAAAUGCUGCUGACUGCCUGUGUCUCGGGAGAACCCUCCAGAACCGAGACCAGAUGAGAGCCAAUGUCAUUAACGAAAUCAUGAGUACGGAGCGCCACUAUAUCAAACAUCUGAAGGACAUUUGUGAGGGUUAUUUAAAGCAGUGUCGGAAGAGAAGAGAUAUGUUCAGUGAUGAGCAGCUGAAGAUCAUAUUUGGCAACAUUGAAGACAUCUACAGGUUUCAGAUGGGCUUUGUAAGGGACUUGGAGAAGCAGUACAACAACGAGGACCCUCAUCUCAGUGAAAUAGGACCGUGUUUUCUAGAGCAUCAAGAUGGAUUCUGGAUCUACUCCGAGUACUGUAAUAACCACUUGGAUGCAUGCAUGGAGCUUUCCAAACUAAUGAAAGACGGCAGGUACCAGCACUUCUUCGAAGCUUGCCGUCUCUUGCAGCAGAUGAUCGAUAUUGCCAUAGAUGGUUUCCUGUUGACCCCUGUCCAGAAGAUCUGCAAAUAUCCUCUGCAGCUUGCAGAACUGCUCAAGUACACUGCACAGGAUCACAGUGACUACCGGUAUGUGGCCGCUGCCCUUGCUGUCAUGAGGAACGUGACCCAGCAGAUCAACGAGCGGAAAAGGAGGCUGGAAAACAUAGACAAGAUCGCUCAGUGGCAGGCUUCUGUCCUGGAUUGGGAGGGGGAGGACAUUUUGGAUCGCAGCUCUGAGUUGAUCUACACGGGGGAGAUGUCGUGGAUAUAUCAGCCUUACGGACGAAGCCAGCAGCGUGUCUUCUUCCUCUUUGAUCACCAGAUGGUUCUUUGCAAAAAGGAUCUGAUAAGAAGAGACAUCUUGUACUACAAAGGACGGAUUGAUAUGGACCGCUAUGAGGUUUUGGAUAUUGAAGAUGGAAGGGAUGAUGACUUCAAUGUGAGCAUGAAGAAUGCUUUCAAACUACAUAAUAAGGAGACUGAGGAAAUGCACUUAUUUUUUGCUAAGAAGCUGGAAGAGAAAUUGCGGUGGCUCAGAGCUUUCCGGGAGGAGCGAAAGAUGGUACAAGAAGAUGAGAAGAUAGGCUUUGAAAUUUCUGAGAAUCAGAAACGACAAGCAGCCAUGACCGUAAGAAAAGUCAGUAAGCAGAAAGGCGUCGGCUACUCCCGAUCUGUUCCUCCAGCAUACCCACCGCCCCAGGAUCCACUCAAUCAGGGACAAUAUUUGGUAACCGAUGGCAUAGCCCAACCGCAGGUCUAUGAGUUCACCGAACCCAAACGCAGCCAGUCACCGUUCUGGCAAAACUUCAGCAGAGAGCGAAAGUGAAACAUCCAUUAUUUUUAUGAGAAGAUGCUUCCUAAAAAUUCAACACUAGGGGAAAAACAAGGAAACCACCAUCGUCACAUCCUUAGUUACAUCAUAACUCAAGACUAAUGUGGUCUGACAAGAACCACUUGUUGGACUGGCAGCUUUCUAAAAUUGGGGAGGGGGGAGUAAAGGAAAAUGAAGGGGGAAGGGCUCUACUGACUCUUUGGCAAGGUAAGACAGAUGCUGGCAUUUGUUCCUGAGCAAGAAAGUGCGUCCGCUUCCCUCCCCGACUCGUCCAGGAACAAACCUCCUUCCCAUCCAAGGUGCUACGAGGACCGAAGCAAACUUCAUCCAAACCCCAGCGGUGGGUGGAGCACAGCUGCCCCGCGACCCGGUAUUCUGGACCAGGAGACCUGUUGGGAACCUGAAGCGUCUUGUUUCCUUGAAGGCCUACAUCUGAUUGGACUUGGGGAGGGGACGCCAAAGGGGAGAGAGAACUGGGCAUGUUGGUGGAACAUGGACUUCAGGUUUCUUUGCCAAACCGAGAGGAAGCUGGCAUGGAGUCACGCGAUGCCAGGAGGCGUCCAUCGAAGAAGGACGUUGGUUGUACAUGGGACUCCUCUAGCAGAAAGGAAGAAUCUCAACACUUUAUAUGCAGAGGCAGGGAUUUCACCCUCUGUCUGUAGACUGACGAAACGUUUCCCCUUGAAUGCAGAUACAAAGGAUUUUCUUUUCAAGAUUUCUGCUUCCCCAUCCUCUUUGAAAAUUUAAGGAAAACAAAAACAAAGCAAGAAUCAAUCUAGGUGCAUCUAACAGUUGUAAAUAGACAAUAACUAGAGGAAAAACAAAGAGAAAAGCAUAUAUUUGAAAUCUGUUUCAGUUUUUGGCUGGACAAUAGCUGUCCUUUUCAGUGUUAUUGAUAGUACACUUGUGAUCCUUUUGGGUUCUGAUUUUGUUCUCUUUACGCUUACCUUUUCAUUGCAGCUACAUUUCAGGGAACAUGUAUAUUUAGUAGCUAUCGUAAGUUCUGCAUGGCACCACCGGGCUAUUUUUUUCCUGGAGAAGAUAGGAAUGAGCUUGUUGGAGCAUAAUUGCACUUGGAAUGGAGGAACAUAUGCCAGGGAAUGCAAGCAGGGGAGGGAAGGAAAAUCUUAAUUUGGGGCUGGAUACUAAGUUUUCUGCAGGGGGAGGCUGUACCGGUCUGAGCAAGUAAGCAAAGGAUUUGGGUAACCCAGCUAAUUCUCAGUUGCCAGUUCUAUUCUUUCCUUUUUAUUGGAUUGUUUGACUCUGUCAAACAAAUGUCGGAGUUGUGUGUAUUAAAAAAAAAAAAAUCAAAACAGUGUUUUAAAAAAAAGUGUUGUAAAGACACUGAGCCUU